UGUUAUCACUUGUAGCAUGCCAUCAGGGAAACGUAAUUCAUUACACAUGAUUACAGAGUGCUACAGAGCGCUCUGUAGCAUUCUGUAGCACGAUCCAGCCCGCUGAUGAUGUCCUCUCCCAAAGUCUGGUUCAUAACGGGGACGUCCUCAGGAUUUGGAAGACUCAUGACAGAGUAUGCCCUCGACCAAGGAGACAUCGUAGUAGCAACCCUCCGCAAACCACAAGUCCUAUCCGAUCUCGCAGCCCGAUACCCAGUAGACAAACUCCUCGUACUCAAAGUCGACGUCACAAAGCAGGAAGACAUCGAUGAAGCAUUCGCGCGUACGCGUUCAGCGUUCGGACGGCUGGACGUAGUGUUCAACAAUGCCGGAUAUUCAAUUGUCACAGAAAUCGAAGGCACGCCCGUUGAUAAAGCGCGCGAGCUUUUCGAGACAAAUUUUUGGGGCGCGACGAAUGUUAGUCGUGCUGCAGUGAAGUUUUUCAGAGAGGUGAAUGAGCGGGGCAAGGGGGGGACCAUUCUUCAAAUGAGUUCGAUUGGUGGGUUUAAUGCGCUUCCUGAAUUCGGUUAUUAUGCUGCGACUAAACAUGGUAGGAAUCUUGGCAUGGACAGUAUUAAUACUCACGACAAGAACCAGAUCUGCAUCAUCGAACCUGGCGCGUUCCACACAAGCGUCAUGAACAAGGCAGAGGUAUUACCGCAGCAUCCAGCAUAUACCGAUGAGUCCUUUGAGACUUCAGUAAUGCGUCGUCAGGUGGUCGGCGCAGUGUUCGAAGGAGAUGCGUAUAAAUUCACGCGGACUGUUUAUGAGGUCGUACAAGGAGGAAAUAUACCAAAGCGGUUGCCGAUGGGGUUGGAUGCGAUCGAGUUGUUGAAUGGCAAGAUUGAGUUAUUGAAGGCGACUGUGGCUGAGACGAAGGGGUUGUCGGUGGAUUUGAAGAGAGAUGGUGGGGCGGUUGGGCUUAUGUGA